UUCUUCAAGCAAUUUCCGACGUGACGUAUCACGCCUCUCUCCUCAAGUUUACAACUCAGCGCCUUCUUCCACGGUGAAUGGAGCGAAAUGUUCAACAAAAAGCCCCGGAGAAACUUUAGGCAGAGAAAAGAGAGUUCCAGUGACGAAGAGGACCAGCACAAGUGCAGCGGAGAUGGAGGGGAGACUGAGAAAGCGCCGGCUGUGGUAAAUAAACAAUCCAAAGUGAACCAGGGCCGCGGCAUCUCUUGCACCUCGAAGCAGGAUUUGACGCCUUCGAAGCCGGACAGCAGCGACGGAGAGGACCAGGAGACGCUGGACGUGACAGCAGAAAAAGAAGAGAGGAGAAAGGACAAAGAUGGCGGGAAAAAGAAAACAUCUACCGUCCUUAGUUUCUCUGACGAUAAAGAAGCUGAAGAACCAGAAUUUAAACUGAAGAAGUCAUCUGAUAAAGCUGUGCUGUUCCAAGUCAGGAAGAAGGAAGCUUCACCUACCAAGACCAUCCCCAGCAGAGCCCCAGCAAGUGUAUGUGUCCCACCAUCUGGUUCUCCCAGGAAUGAUGAUGAUUAUGGCAGCCAGGCUUCACCACAUGGUCUGUGCAGUAAUGACGACAAUGAUGAUGAUGAAGAGGAUGACAGUGACAAUGAUGACAAUGAUAGUAAUGAAGAUGAUGCCAGGUCUCCUACAGCCAGCUCAGCCUCAGAUUCUAGCCACUCUACCACUAAACCAGUAGUUAUCCCAAACGCUGAAGAGAUCGAGGCAGCCAGGAGGCAGCGUCGUGCCACUCGAGCCCAGAAAGAGUACAUCCCUCUGAGCAGAGAUGGCCGCAGCUCCGCCGGUAGCACACCGGAUCACUACAGCAGGGAGGAUGAAGAAGACAGGGUUGAUGAUGACGAUGAUGAGCCAGAUGAUCAUGAGAGAAGAAUCGAGUUCGCCCCACGAUUGAAGAGCAUCAGAGAGAGGAUUGCAGAGAAGCUUGGAGAAAGUGAUGGUAGUCUGUCUGGGACUGAUGGGGAAGAGCAGGAACUUUGGGAGGAGACACAAAUUGGGAAGGGAGUCAAGAGAUGGCCAGGAGAACAGAGUCCAUCUGGCAGUGAAUCCAGCAGCUCCAGCAGCAGCAGGCGAGACAGACAAAGACAAAAGAAGAGAUCAGCAGGGGCCAGAAUCCCAAAGACUCUUCCCCCUGUCAGUGUUUCAAUGGUCAAGAGGAGGAUCACUGGAAAACUGGACUCUCUGAAGGAGGUGCACAGAGCGCGGGAGGCAGAGCUGAGGAGGAUGGAGGGGGAUGUUGAGAGUGCGAAAACCUCAGUGGAGACUCUGGAGGAAAGUUCCUCAGAGAGCCAGCUGAAGUUUUACCGGGCCAUGACCCUCUAUGUUCACAACUUGGUGGAGUGUAUGCGGGAGAAGGUUGUUGAGAUCAACUCUUUGGAACUGGAGCUUCACACUCUGCUGUCUGACCACAUGGAGGCGCUGUUGGCUCAGAGAAGACAGAUGGUCAAGGAGCAGGCUGACCGCCUGCAGCAGCUCAGCUAUAGCACAGAUGAGCAGGGUGGAGGCUCAGCCAACGGAACAGAAACUCAAGGUGUGGUGGGCACUGCUUCUAAAACUGAGGAAGACUUUGAUAUUCCUGAGGACACACAACCUUCAGCAGAAGAGGAGCAGCAGCUACAGAAGAAGAUGGCUGAUAUCCUGCUGAGGUCCCAGGCUGUGUUUUCUGAUGUCCAGGACGACUUCUGCGACGUUAAAAAGAUUCUGUCUCGCUUUGAAGAAUGGAGAGGAUCUUACUCUGACUCAUACCACAAUGCUUACAUCUCUCUGUGUCUGCCCAAGCUGUUGAACCCCAUCAUUAGACAUCAGCUACUGGCGUGGAACCCACUAAAGGAUGCCAGUGGGGACUUUGAAAACCUCCCAUGGUUCACAGCAGUGGAGACUUUCUGUCAUGGACACGGCCAUGAGGAGCUUGAGCACACAGACAGACAGACACUGUCUAAUAUCAUAGAAAAGACUGUCCUACCAAAAAUAACUGCCUUUGUGGAGCUGGUGUGGGAUCCCAUGUCCCGCCAACAGACAGCCUGUCUCUCUGAUGUUUGCCACAGACUGAGGGAGGACUAUUCUAUCUUUGAAGGAGAGCAGAGUAAACCAGUCAAGACAUUCAUAGAAGCAGUGGGCCGGAGACUGAGGGGCUGUGUAGAUGAAGAUAUCUUCAUCCCUCUGUACCCCAAGAAGUUCCUAGAGGACAGGUCGUCUCCUCAGAGUCAAUUCAGGGAACAGCAAUUCUGGACGGCCAUAAAACUACUAGGUAACAUGGAGAAAUGGGAUUUGUUGCUUCCUGAGUCUGUAUUGAAGGAGCUGAUGUUGGACAAACUGCUGAACCGAUACCUGAUGAUCACUCUGUCCAGUCAGACUCAAUCCAACAAUACUGUCCUUAUAUGCAAAAAGAUAGCAGAUAGUCUCCCGCUCUCUUGGUUCAAAGGGGAGAAUAACUGUUUGCCUCAGCUCCAGAAUUUUGAAAACUACCUCGUUCAGAAAGUUCACACCAUCUGCAAACAACAGUCUCCUAAAGAUCCAGACACUAGGUCUGCUGUGGUUGAAGUGCUGCAGGUUCUGAGCAGGAUCAGAUGCAAUGACUCUAUCAUGGCCAUAGCACAGAAAUACCAUUACGAAGAUGCCAUCUACUCUCACCAGCUGCUGAACCAAGAGACAGUAUGAAAAACAAGUGUGAAAUGUGAUGGAGCAAAUCCUACUGUAUACAAAUUGUGCAAAUUUCUACAACCAAGAGAAUUAUAUGGAUAAAGUAAUUAUCCUUCCCACAGUUUUUAGCCAUGAACAUUUUUCUGUCUGUUUUGUACAGGAGAGAACUGUGUUUUUAUGAAUAAAUAUUUGAAUUUUGUUAAUA